GUAGGGUUUUGGUUGAGGAAGCAAGAGCCAUUUCCUGCCUUCAGCGAGGACCCUCCUUGAGGGCCUCCCCCACCAGUUAUCCAAUAGUGACACUCACCUCGGCCCCUCCGCUGACUCCCGCAGUGACAGCUGGAGGGCUAGGGGGUGUGUUCUUGCUCCCCAGUCUGGUCUCCCAACCUCCACCCUCCACUCUCACCCAGAGAAUCGACUUGUUCCUGCCACCCCUCCUCCCCAGGACAGGAUCACUGAGGGGCUGGGGCUGGCUCUGAGAGACCCGCCAGGGUGUGUGGCCGGUCCCAGAAGGAGCUGCCUGGGUUGCCAUGAGAGAGACCUUGGAGGCCCUCAGCUCCCUGGGAUUCUCUGUGGGACAGCCAGAGAUGGCCCCCCAAAGUGAGCCUGGGGAAGGCUCCCAUAAUGCACAGGAGCAGAUGUGCCCGCCCAGGGAAGAGAGAGCGCUGGGCUCCUCUUCCUGUUCGGGGCACAAGGCCCCCAGACUGGAGGAAGAUGCCCACCCUGAACAGGCUGAGGCUCCCUGCAGAGGAAGCCAGGCACACACACCACGGAAGGCUGAGCCUGUGGGCUCCUGCCCAGGAGAGGAGUGGAUGAUUCGGAAGGUGAAGGUGGAGGAAGAGGAUCAGGAGGCAGAAGACAGAGUCGAAUGGCCCCAGCAUCUGUCACUACUGCCCGGCCCCUUUCCCACACCUGACCUGGGGCCUCUGGCCGCCGCCUAUAAGCUGGAGCCGGGGAUCCCCGGGGCCCUGGGCGGGCUCUCGCUGGCCGGGUGGACUCCUGCCUCAGAGAAGCCCUAUGGCUGCGCCGACUGCGAGCGGCGGUUCAGGGACCAGCUGACCUUGCGGCUCGCGCGCAUGCUGCUGCACCAGCGCAGCCACCGGGGCGAGCGGCCGUUCCCGUGCUCCGAGUGCGACAAGCGCUUCAGCAAGAAGGCCCACCUGACCCGCCACCUGCGCACGCACACGGGCGAGCGGCCCUACCCGUGCACGGAGUGCGGCAAGUGCUUCAGCCAGAAGAUACACCUGGGCUCGCACCAGAAGACGCACACGGGCGAGCGCCCCUUCCCCUGCACCGAGUGCGAGAAGCGCUUUCGCAAAAAGACGCACUUGAUCCGCCACCAGCGCAUCCACACGGGCGAGAGGCCCUACCAGUGCGCGCAGUGCUCCCGCAGCUUCACGCACAAGCAGCACUUGGCGCGGCACCAAAGGGUGCACGAGGCGGCCUGCCGCGCCCCGCCGUCCUCCGAUGUGCCCGCCCCUCCGGGUUCUCCUGCCCAGACCCUGGCCCCAUCCCCUCCGGGACCUAAGCCUUUCGUCUGCUCUGAUUGCGGACUGAGCGUCGGCUGGAAGAAGAACCUCGCCACGCACCAGCGUCUGCACGGCAGCGAGGGGCGCCCCUUUGGAUGUGACGAGUGCGCACCGGGCGGUGCCACCGAACCCCUGGCCUGCGGGCAUCGCUGCACACAGGCGCCCCAGGACGCUCCCGCCACUUUCGCCUGGUGCGGCCGCCGCUUCAGCCGCAAGUCCCACUUGAGCCGCCACCAAGCGGUGCACACGGGCAGUCGGCCCCACGCCUGUACCGUCUGCGCCCGUAGCUUCAGCUCCAAAACCAACCUGGUCCGCCAUCAAGCCAUCCACACGGGCUCUCGCCCCUUCUCCUGCCCGCAGUGCGGCAAGAGCUUCAGCCGCAAGACUCACCUAGUGCGGCACCAGCGCAUCCACAGCGAAGCGGCCCACCUGGCCUCCGACGCUGACCUCCCGGCCCCAGCCUGGCCCGCUCCCACGGAGGUGGCAGCGCCCCCACUCUUCUUCUGAGCCUCCUUCUUGUCCAGGCCCUUCCUUUGCAUUCUGUUGCUUCCUGGUUGGAGAGACCCAAGUCCAAGCCAGUGAGCACUGUGGCUGGAUGGCCUAGGCCUUGCCGGCUGUUUUUCUUUCCUCUCCAUCUUACUGGCCAGACGUCCGGAAAGGAUAGCCAGCUCUAACAUUCUGUAACAAAGUGCUGAAUGAACCCUUGCUGGGAAUAAUUCCUGCCUGAGUCCUUGGAAGGCUCCCACCAAGAGAAGCCCUGGAAAGCUGAAGUUCCCUGGACCACCCCUGGACAAGUCAGGAACCGCUACAGGGGGAGGGAAAGAAUGGUUAUCUGAGUACUUACAGUGUCAUUAAAAUUUAAAUCUGAAGUUU